AUGUCUAAAGUCAAAUACAUAGCUGAAGGAGGAUCAUCAAACAGACCACCACUUUUUGAUGGCUCAAACUACUACUUCUGGAAAGGCAAGAUGGAACUCUUUCUCAGAUCUCAGGACAAUGACAUGUGGACAGUAAUCACAGAUGGAGACUUUGUUCCACUAACCAAAGAAGGGAUCAUCAAAGUUAAGAGUGCAUGGUCAACAGAUGAAAAGGCUCAGGCCAAAGAUUUGAAAUCUAUGAACCUGGAAGAUCUCAUUGGUUCACUGAGAGCUCAUGAAGUUGUACUUCAAGGAGACAAACCAGUAAAGAAGGUAAAGUCACUUGCCUUGAAAGCCUCUCAGCAAACCUCAUCAGUAACUGAAGAUGAUGUGCAAGAAACACAAGAAAUAGAAGAAGUUCAUGAAGAAGAAGCUGAAGAUGAACUAGCACUAAUCUCAAAAAGGAUACAAAGAAUGAUGAUGAGAAGAAAUCAAAUCAGGAAGAAAUUUCCCAACACAAGCAACAACAACAGAACUGAAACUGACAAAAGUCAGGUCACUUGUUUUGGCUGCAACAAAACUGGACACUACAAAAGUGAAUGUCCUGACAUUAAAAAGGUGCAAAGAAAACCACCUUUCAAGAAGAAAGCUAUGAUCACCUGGGAUGACAUGGAAGAAACAGAAUCACAAGAAGAUGAGGAAGCCAACUUAAGUUUGAUGGCUCAAACAGAUGAUGAAGAAGAGGUAAUUGUCUACAAAACUCAUCCUUUAUAUAAAGACCUUGAAAGUAAACUUGAUAGCCUUUUAUAUGAUUCAAACUUCUUAACUAAUAGAUGUCAGUCAUUAAUCAAGGAACUUUCUGAACUAAAAAUAGAAAAGGAAAAACUUCAAAAUAAAUAUGAUGAAUCUAGAAAAACCAUACAGACUUUGCAGGACUCUCAUUUUAAAAUGUCUGAACAACAAAGAGAAUUAAACAAAAGGCAAAAGAACAUUUAUUCCAAACCUUCUGAGGUACAAAAGGAAAACAUUCUUUUAAAAAAUGAAGUUGAGAAACUGAAAAAUGAUCUCACAUGCUUCAUAAAGUCUACAGAAACAUUUCAAAAUAUUUUGGGAUCUCAAAGCAAAAGUGCUGAGAAAUCUGGUUUAGGAUUCAAAGAUCCAAACAAGAAUCUCAUUAAAAACUUUGUACCUCAAAAGACUGAAAUGAAGUUACAAUGUUCUUACUGUGAUAGAUUAGGACAUGAUGUAUCUGUCUUGCCUCAAGGUGCAAGAACAAAGCCAUGGUACUUGGAUAGUGGCUGUUCUAGACACAUGACAGAUAAAUGGAUUUGGCACAAAAGAGCUGGUCAUAUAAGUAUGAAAACCAUUGCUAAACUUUCUCAACUUGAUCUAGUUAGAGGUUUGCCAAAGAUUAGCUUUGAAAAGGACAAGAUCUGUGAAGCUUGUGUUAAAGGAAAACAAGUCAAAAGUAGUUUCAAAACAAUUGAAUUUAUUUCAACUCAGAAACCUUUGGAACUUCUUCACAUUGAUCUCUUUGGUCCAGUUCAAACUGCAAGUCUAACUGGCAAAAGAUAUGAAAAAUUGGGUAAGUUUGAUCCUAAAUCAGAUAAAGCUAUCUUUUUAGGAUACUCUACAACUUCCAAAGGUUAUAGAGUAUACAAUCUAAAAACCCAGACAGUUGAAAUCAGUAUGCAUGUCAUAUUUGAUGAAUAUGAUGAACAUUCUCAACUCAAAGAGAGUGAAGAAACUGAAGAACCAGUACUUCAGAAUGUUUCAAAUCAAGACACUGUAAGUACAGUAGAUAAGGAAGAUGAUCAGAAUAAUCAAGAUCCAUCACUUCAGAGUCCUCCUAGAAGUUGGAGAAUGGUAGGAGAUCAUCCUGCAGAACAAAUCAUUGGAAGCACAACUGAUGGUAUAAGAACCAGAUUGUCCUUUCAAGAUAACAACAUGGCAAUGAUUUCUCAAUUCGAACCUAAGUCAAUCAAUGAAGCCAUCAUUGAUGACUCAUGGAUUGAAGCCAUGAAGGAAGAACUUUCUCAGUUUGAAAGAAACAAAGUUUGGAAUUUAGUUCCAAAUAAUCAAAGCAAAACCAUCAUUGGAACAAGAUGGGUUUUCAAGAACAAGCUUGAUGAAGAAGGUAAGGUUGUCAGAAACAAAGCAAGGCUAGUAGCUCAAGGUUACAAUCAACAAGAAGGUAUUGACUAUGAUGAGACUUUUGCACCAGUAGCAAGGUUAGAAGCCAUUAGAAUACUUCUUGCUUAUGCUGCACAUAAAAGUUCUUCAAUGGCACGAACCAAAACAACUUGUCCACCAUCUGAAGAUGAUUCAACACCCAUUGAUCAAUCUGAAUCAUCAUUCCAAACCGUUGCUGAUGAAUCAAACUCAUCCCCUCUAAACGAAACUCAUGUUCAUACCGUACUCCCUGAUGAAAUUAUCCCAGUCACCAAAACCACUAAACUAUCCAAACCAAAGAAAGCUAUCAAACCUAAGGCAACAAGAAAAUCCUCAAGACUUAGGUCUGGAUCCUCAACUUCCAAAACCAAAACAAUUUCUCAUAUUGACCUCACAGACUCAUUAGAAAAAGAUGAUGGUGAUGAAACUCUCUCUGAGUUCAUAAAAACUUCAAAGGCUGAGUCUAAGAAGAAGAAAGGAAAGACUCAAGUGAUUGAAACCCCUCCUGCAUCUGAAACAUCUGAGAAGGACUCAUUAGAAGAGGAAGAAGAGAAAGAAACAACUCCACCCAAGAAGCAUGGCAAGGGAAAAGAUGUCAAACUAAUUGCAUCUUUAAGGAAAGCUGAGAAGGAAGCUAAACAAUCUCAGAGACCAGUGAGCAAAGCAAAAUACUUUGACUUUGCAGAUCUAAAGAAGAAAAACUGGAAUCUACGAGAAUACACUGAUUCUCAGGAUUGGUCAUACUUUGUGUCACUUCAAGAUCUCACCUUUGAGAAUCUGGUGAGAGAGUUCUACAGCUCAAUGAAAAUCAAAGAAAAGAAGAAGGAAAAGAUCCUUAUCUCCACUGUCAAAGGCGUUGAAAUCAAAAUCACCAAGGAUUUUCUUUCAAAAGCUUUAAGAAUUCCAAAUGAAGGUAAUGAACUUUUCUUUCCUUCCUGGUUUCAUGAGAUGAAAGUCAGUCAUAACAAACUCAUAGUUGAGUACACCAAACCUGACCUCCCUUUCAACUCCACAAAUCUGAAAGAUGUUCCUAAAAUCCUUCACAACAUGAUUAGACACACUCUGCUUCCUAGAAGUGGCACUUUUGAAGUAGUCACUGAUACAGAUUUGUGUAUCAUGUAUCAUAUGAUCACAAAGAAAAGGUUGAACCUUUGUUACAUCAUUCUUCAACACAUGACUGAUUCAUGUUUGAACCCCAAACAAUCAAAUGUUGCCCUUGCUUAUGGUAUACAUAUCACUUCCAUACUAAGAGCUGCUAACGUUAAUCUUGGAGGAGAAGAUGGUGAUUACUCCUUCAUGAGAUUCACAUCAAAAACUCUAGCUCAACUCCACAUAACCACCUCCAACAUGCCUACUCCUGUGUCUUCUCAAACAACUAGCUCUGUCAAAAGACACUCAGUUCAGAAUGUUAAGAAGCCAAGUAAGAAGAGAAAGCUUGAAAAAGUCAGGAAUCUUUCAAGCAUUCAAAGACAAGAGGAAGAAAACUCUCCUGAAAAAGAAGAGUCUGAUGAUGAAAUGGCUGAUUCCCCACCAAAGGAUGGUGAACCCUCUGAUGUAAAUCUUUUCCAAGAUAUUGCUGAAAAUGCAAAGGAAAUCCUUCAGCAAAAUGCAGAAGAUCAGAAUGUUGAAGAGUCUGAGAAAGAAGAAGAUGUUGCUGGUCAAGACAAGUUGCAAGAAGAAGAAGAAGAAGAUGUCUCUCAGGAAACAGAAGAAGAACCAACUCAAGAUGAACCCCAAGUUGCUGCAAUCUCUGAAGAGGAACUUCAGAAUGUUGACUCAACUGCUGCUGCUGAAGUUCAGAAUGUUGAUACUCCUCCUACUGAACAACUUCAGAAAGUUAAUGAAGUUGAAGAAAAUACUGAGCAAACUGCUCAAGAAGUUGCUUAUGCUGUGGAAGAAGGAUCUCAGGAAAAUGAUCAAGACAUGCAGGAUGUGGCUGAAAUUCUUGUCUCUCAAAGAAUGAGUGAGGGACAUGAUGAAAUGGAUCCUCAAGAGUUUGAGCAAGCUGAAAAUCAAACUGGCUUUGAUCUAAAUGUGGAAGAUCCAAGCACAGAUUUGAAUGUGUACCAAGAUGCACAGCCUGAAAACAAUGAGGAAGUGCAAGCUCAUGAAAUGAUUCAGGAACUUCAAGAAAAGCCUGCAAUCACAGUUCAGAAUGUUCAGACAAAUGCAUCUGCUGAACCUAGCUUGCCUCAAGAGAAUGAGAUGUCAGCUGAUCCUAUCCCUCAAGCAUCAGGAUCACUUCCCUCUGAUGAAGUUCACCUCAUGGCUCAACAAACUCCUCAAAAUCAAAAUCUGAAUUUCUCCACUUCUACAAUGGAAUCAGAAGUUGGAAAAUUCUUUGUUUCUCCUUUGCUCACUCCAAGUGUACUGCCUUCUCCAAUCACAAACAAAACCACUAGCAAGCUGCCUAACAUUCCUGACCUUUUUGAAUCUUUGGAUACCUUUGUUACCAAAGAUGGUCCUUCUAAGGAAAAGGCUGAAGCAUCUGCUCAUGCUCCCUCUGUCAAACCAUCCAAAGCUGAGAAAAUGGCUGCCAGAGCUCUUAGAGUCUCCACCAAGACUCAUAAGAUUGCCUGUGUGCUAGCCAAAUGGACCAUUGAUGUUCAUGCUCCUGGUCUGGCUCUUGACCCUCCUAUUUUUGAAGAUCCUAGCGUAUUUGACUCUGAACCCUCCUCUGACUCUGGGGAUUCCACCCCUUAG